AUGGCUACUCCCCCUGCCCUCCACGACUUCCCGAGGAUGAUUCAGGACUUCAAUGUGGGCCUAGUCACUUUCUGGGCAACCGACACUAUUCUGGUCUCGUUCACCCACUCUCAGGUUGCUGCUUUCUGGUCCUUCCAGACCCUGCUCCACUCUUUCGAUCUCCCUGACAUCGUCACCAAUCCCAGCGGCUACAGCACCUUUGCCUUGUAUUAUAAUCAAAAUCUCGGCAAGUCCCGCAUGCCUGUGUUCGACCCUGAGACGGGUGAUAUCAAGGUUCUUGGACCCGAUCUACCUCUAUCUUAUCUUAUCGGGGACAAACCCCGUGGCACCAUCGACCCCACCCUUAUCCUCACUCCUGCUCAGUGCAACGGCAACUUCGAGCAUGGACUCAACAUGAUUGACCAGCAAAAUAAGACUCGUCGCAUCAUCAAUCAAAAGCACUCUGAGUGCGAGGAAAACCACAAGCUUUGA